AAUAUACUCUCUCCCUCUCUCUCUCUCUCUCUUCAACCGGUCACGUCGAUUUCACGAUGCUAGUUGGGUCUCAGAGCGUGAACCUGUUUCAGGCGACAAACCGGAGCUUCAAGAACUACACGUCACCGUUGAACCCCUUAACAAGAACUCCGUCUUCUUGUUCCUAUUCAGCUUCUGCCUCGAAUUGUCUUACUAUUAAGUCAUCGGCUGCAACCUCAAUCUCAAAAACUGAGUUGUCUCUCGCCAAUCUCGACAAGCUGCUCCCAAAGUCGGCUCCACCCCAACCUCCCCAGCUAGACCCGCAACCCGGGAUUGAAGAUCGGAAAACAAAAAGGCCUACGGAAAACAAGGGAAAGGGAUUUCUAGAAGGGCUCAGUCUCGCCAGGCUUUGGCCGCAGGUGAAGGCAGCGGCGGAGGAAAUGUCUCCGAGGCAUUUAAAGACCCUCCGGAGGCUUCUGUCCAAGACAGCAGAGUAUUCUCCCCGGAAUAGUUUGAGCUCCAAGUGGAGGGAGUAUCACGGUAGCAAAAACUGGGCCGGACUACUUGACCCUCUUGAUGAGAAUCUCCGGCGAGAGGUCGUCAGGUACGGUGAGUUCAUCCAGGCGGCUUACCAAUCAUUUCACUCGAAUCCGGCUAUGUCGGUGGAGGAAACUCAGAUGCCACGUAACGUGGCCUUGCCUGAUAGGUCAUAUAAGGUAACCAAAAGUCUUUAUGCGACGUCAGCAGUUGGGUUGCCUGACUGGGUCGAUGAUGUGGCCCCAGAUCUCGGGUGGAUGACCCAGCGGUCGAGCUGGAUCGGGUAUGUGGCGGUCUGCGACGACAGGCGGGAGAUUGCUCGGAUGGGACGACGAGACAUAGUCAUCGCCCUCCGCGGAACCUCCACGUGUCUCGAGUGGGCCGAAAACAUGAGGGCCCAACUCAUUCAAAUGCCCCCCACCGAAGAGGGUGGAGAGGAAGCACAGGCAAAGGUCGAGUGCGGGUUCCAAAGCCUCUACAAGACACCCGGCGCCCACGUGCCGAGUCUAUCAGAGUCCGUGGUCGAAGAAAUCAAAAGAUUGAAGGAGUUGUACAAAGGUGAGCAACUGAGCAUAACCGUCACGGGCCACAGCCUUGGCGCAGCCAUCGCCCUCUUAGUUGGUGACGAGCUUAAAACUUGCGCUGAGGAUAUGCCGCCCGUGGCGGUGUUCUCUUUUGGAGGACCCCGAGUAGGAAACAGAGGCUUCGCAAACCGAAUGGAAGCAAAGAACGUGAAGGUCUUGCGGAUCGUGAACUCCCAAGACUUGAUCACAAGGGUUCCGGGCAUCUUCAUUGGGGAAGGAGCGCUAGAAGAGAAGCUCAAGAACUCGAAAUUCGGAGACAUGCUUGACAAGAAUCUGCCCUUGGCCUACGCCCACGUGGGAACAGAGUUGAGGGUCGACACAAAAAUGUCACCCUACUUGAAGCCCAACGCUGAUGUGGCUUGCUGCCAUGACUUGGAGGCAUACUUGCAUUUGGUGGAUGGGUUCUUGGCGUCUAACUGUCCUUUUAGAAAGAAUGCUAAGAGGAGUUUAGUAAGGUUGCUUCAAGAUCAAGGAUCUAAUGUGAAAAAAUUGUAUAUCAGUAAGGCAAACAACUUGAGUAGUUUAAAUCUUGAAAGAGAGGGAUUUAUGGCUAGUUGUUUGCCUAGUCCCUCUGCUUAAUGCCAAACCAAUAAAAACUUUGCACAUAUAUACUCUUCAAGUCAAAUAAUAAGCUUAUGUGUUGUGGUUUUUAUUGUGAAA